AAGGCAGCAGCACUUGACACGCCUUUGAACAAAACCGGAAGUUCGUUGUUGAUCAAGUAGUUAGCAAGCUAGCAACAACGACUUUGUUUUUAUAUUAAAGUUUUUUAAUUCGUCGCUUAAAGCCUAAAAGCUUUCCGCACAAUAAUGUCUGGAUCGUCCAACAUAGUAGCGAUGAAGAAAAUUGUCCAACAGUUACGCCUUGAAGCUGGCAUAAACAGAGUGAAGGUGUCUCAGGCCGCAGCGGAUCUGCAGCAGUUUUGUCUCCAGAACGCCCAACAGGAUCCUCUGCUCACCGGCAUGUCGUCCAGCAACAACCCGUUCAGACCGCAGAAAGUCUGUUCCUUCCUAUAGCACCGAAAGGCCGCCUGUGUGUUGGACAUCGUGGUGCUUCAUGGAAGGGGGGGCUGCAGGAUCCUGCAUUGUGGACUGGAACCGACUCAGGAGCGUUAGGGAAUUUGGGCCAAACGACUGACUUUUUUUUUGUUUUAACCUUUUUUUUUUUAAACCUUCAAAUUUAAUACGGAAACAUUUCCAAGUGGUUUUUAGCACAAAUGUGUCUUAAGCUAUUUGCCUAGAACUAAUCUUUACUAACACACGUGCCUUUUGAAAUGUAUAUUUUUCAUGCCUGAUCAAAAAUAAAUGGUAUUUACACACCUUAAA